GGCAAACUAGUUGCAACGAAAAAGCGAAACAAAAUACAUCUAACAUCUCGAUUUCACCUUCGCGGCUUCGCUUAAUCCGUUUGUCAGGUUCCGCUACGUCCUUUUCCUCCGGCCUCGCCGACUUGCCGGCGGGCCUUUUACCGGCUAAAUCUUUCAUAUCUUCUCUUCAUUUUUCUUCAUCUCCAACGAUCCGUCAUUCCACUGGACAUUCCGAUCUGGCUAUAAUCGCAUAGUUGACCUCAAAUGGGACGGGCAUCGUUCACCGCUGCUUUCACGAUCGUCUCCUUUGUAUUUAUACUGAUCAAUUACGAUGUCGUUUCGUGUUUGGGCUUUUCGAUUAGUAGUCAUCGGAAUACCAUGUUUCUCCCGCUCUUUCCUCCCAAAGAUACUUCUUAUCGUUCCUUGCCUUCCCGUCGACUCCUCCAGAAAAGCCCGCCGAAUGCUCGAAUGGCUCUCCACGACGAUCUACUCCUCAAUGGAUAUUAUACAACCCGUCUUUGGAUUGGAACUCCUUCCCAGAGGUUUGCUCUUAUAGUGGAUACUGGGAGUACUGUUACAUAUGUGCCGUGCAUAACGUGCAAACAAUGCGGCAAGCAUCAGAAACUUGAAGAUCUUGAUGUGGUAGAAAAAGGAGUAAAUUCAUGAACUGUGUUAGUAUAAGGUUCAUCGGUUAUUUUUAUGAGGGAAAGAGAUGUUGCUUUUCAGGAUAGAACAAGCUUAAUCUCAUGUGAGUA